AUGCCAUGCGCAGCCAGGUGACGUCACGACCUCUACACGGACGUGGCACGCGCGCCACGCUACUGUAUUUCUAAUAUAUUGAGACUCCCAACUUCAGGAUUUAGGACGCCAUGGGACUGACCUUAUCAACGGUGUUCUCCCGCCUCUUCGGCAAGAAACAGAUGAGAAUUCUAAUGGUUGGAUUGGAUGCAGCUGGUAAAACUACAAUUUUGUACAAGUUAAAAUUAGGAGAGAUUGUUACAACAAUUCCAACUAUAGGGUUUAAUGUGGAGACUGUAGAGUACAAGAAUAUUAGCUUCACGGUGUGGGAUGUUGGCGGCCAAGACAAAAUUCGUCCACUUUGGAGGCACUAUUUUCAAAAUACUCAAGGACUCAUCUUUGUAGUUGACAGUAAUGAUAAAGAGAGAAUAACUGAAGCUUCCGAUGAAUUGGCGAAGAUGUUGCACGAGGAUGAGCUACGUGAUGCUGUCUUACUAGUGUUUGCCAAUAAGCAAGAUUUACCAAAUGCCAUGACUGCUGCUGAACUCACAGAUCGUUUAGGACUUAAUCAAUUACGCAACAGGAGGUGGUACAUUCAGGCUACGUGUGCAGUUCAAGGACAAGGAUUGUACGAGGGUCUGGACUGGCUAUCUAAUGAACUGUCAAAAAAGUAAUGUCUAUACCAUUGUGUUUAUCCCAUUACCUUCUAUAGGGUUUGGGUCCUGGUGUGAACAUAGGUAUGGAUGUCCUUUAUCAUUUUUUAUUCUUUUGCUGUAAACAAAAAUCUCAAGACAUUGGUUUAUGUACAAGUAAUGCAACAGUGUAAUAAUUGACAUGGUUUAUGUACAAGUAAUGCAACAGUGUAAUAAAUUAAUAAAAACAAAUUUGGACAUACGAGUAUACAUUUACAAUAUUUACAUGAACUUCAGUGGGUUUUGUGUUUAGAAAUAGUUAAAUAUUUAUUUGUGCAAUUUUGAGUAUUAUUAACAUUUAAAUUGAAAAAAAGAUUAUUCAACUGGCAAUAGACCAUACAGUACUUUUGUUCUGCAUGCUUGUGUAUUUUUGUUCACUGCACUAGACAUAUUGAGUGAAUGUCUGGCAUGGUCCACAAUGCCCAGCAGCUGUUAUCCUGUUCCUUUCCACGUUUGACCGAGUGUUUUGUUGGAUGAAGUGCCGAGGUGAAUGUCUGUAAUGUUAACUUCGGACAUCCACAUAUAAAUCCAGAAAUUUUAAUAUUGUUACUGUAAGGUGUGGGAGUGCCAACCUCCCAUCUAAUGUAGUAUGUAUAUUUUGGUAUAUAGAUUUCUGGUUACUUACACUGGUAACACAAUGAUGUAUUGGCUUUAGGGUUAAAAAUCGAGGGGAUUUUGAAACCUGUGUGUGGAAGAGUCCAUUAUCCUAACAAAACAUCUUGGGGCAUAAGAAUCAUAAUGUAAAUAUGUGUGUUAUGGUGGCAUUAUGGUUAUCCUUUGGUUGGCAUUUGUGCUCUCACCUCUGCAGAUUUUGUUGUUUAAUAUCAUCGCUCAUUAUACAUAUUGUAAUAUGUUAGCCAGUGGUGCAACUUGUCAUAAUCUUAGCUUAUGAUUUUCAUGCAAAGUAUGUAACUGUAACACUUUAGUAUACAAACUUUUUCCCAGGAGAAUUUGAUUUAUUACUAGGACAUAUUUUAUAUUGAGAAUCAUAUUUUUUGAACCAAAUUCAGCUACCUGGGAUAGGCUACAUUCCUUGUUGCUAUUAGUCUGUCUGUUGUCAUCUUUGCUUUACUAAGAUGAUAAGGUAUGUCAUAGUUUGUAACUUCUUAAAAAUAAACAUGUUUAACAACAUGUUUCACUUUUAA